CGAUGUUCUGCGAUUUUUUUUGCAGUGUGCACAUUUUUUCUCAGAAGUGUCAAGAAAAGUUUCUCUGAAAAAAAUUUUCCAUAAGAAUUUUGCUGUUUAUAGAGUGAUAAAAGCCUUCCUAAUCUUGUGAAAGUGUUUAGGAUGUCUUACGAUAAACCUUCAGCGUGCCCUCCUCCACCCCCGUGGGUGAGAAAUUCCAAUCUUCAGACUCAACUGGGCUUGACAAACCAAGCGCUAGUUACCUAUGCCCAGAACCAGCCGGUUUACAACUCCAACAUUGCAAUGGCUCAGCAGCAGAAUAGCCAGCAACAGGCUCAGAAUAUUUCACUGAUCUCUCAGAUUAGUGGCUCCUUGGCCAGUCAACUGCCUCCCAAUCAGAUUUACACGCAGACCGUGAGUUAUCCAAAUCCACGAACACUGAAUCCCAUCGCCUUCAAUCAGCAGCCCUCGUCUGGGCAGCAGUCACAUCAGAGUACGUCGCAGACUCUGCCACUCGGGCAGACUGCAGCCUCUCUGGCCAAAUCCCAUGGCAUUUUCAAUGGGAUUGGGGUUGUGACGAAGAUGCAGGGCGAUGUUGGGUUCAUUGACAAGGAGGUGUUCUUCAAUAAGAACGUCUGCGCCAAGGGGAGCUUCCCUAAAGUCGGGGACAGGGUUCUGGUCGAAGUUAGCUACAACCAGAAGAUGCCGUUUAAGUGGAAUGCAACUAGAGUGCAAGUGGUUUCGGCAGCAGGAUCUGCUUCACUGCCGAUGCAAUCCCAAAAUAGAAGUUUGUCCAUGACCCACAAAUCCUCAACAUACAGCUCAGCGUCUCCCGCUGAGAACGGGUCUAAUUAUAGCCGAAGCAUCAGCAGUCGCAGUAGCAGAGCCGUUCGUACGCCCUCGCCUCCGCGCAUCUCAGAAAGAACCAGCUCCCGUUCCAGGGAUCCUCGUCUCCGGGAUCCAGAUCCUCGAUCAGAUGUCAGUGCUAGGAUAUCCCCUUCUCCCCAACGCAAACCUCAAAGGCUUUCCCUUUUGCAGGAGGAUGACAGGAAGCGCCGCCGGGAGACACGGGACAAGGAUAAGUAUCGCGAGAGACGAGGAUCGACGCCGGAUCGAAGGGAAAGGAGCCCACCGAGAAGGUCUCCACCGAAGAAGAGGCGCACUCGGGCCAUUCCUCGGUACAUGGUGCAAGUGCCGAAAGUGUCCCUGACUGUCAAGGAUGCGGAUGUUCUGGUGCUCAAGAGGAGGUACAAUAACCUCUACAUCCCAUCGGAUUUCUUCCACACCAACGUCAAGUGGCCAGAUGCAUUUCCACCCAAUGUUCCCUUCUCCAUUCACAAACCCUGCUCCUUUCACAUCAUGCGCAAGGAUGUGGAGCCCGUCAUCUGCGGAGAGCUGCCACCAGAACCAGCUGAUGCUGACUAUCUUUUUUCUGCUAAGGUGAUGCUAAUGGGCAGUCCGCCCAUGGAGGAGUUGUACGGAAAGUGCAUUACAACGGCUGAGGAAAGGGAAAAAGACGAUGAGAAGGAUUUUGUGCAUCCCUCGAGGCUCAUCAACUUCCUCGUGGGUAUUCGUGGGAAGAACGAAGCCAUGGCAAUUGGGGGCCCAUGGAGUCCCUCGAUGGACGGAGAGAAUCCACAAUCGGAUGUUUCGGUGUUGAUCCGAACUGCCAUUCGAAGUUGCAAGAGUCUAACUGGGAUUGAUUUGUCAAAUUGCACUCAAUGGUACCGUUUCGUGGAGCUAUACUAUCGACGUGGUGAAGUUGUGCAGAAAGGACGUGUUGUUCCGCCACGAAUUGAAACGGUCGUCAUUUUUCUGCCGGAUGUCCGAUCAUGUAUUCCGACACGGCUCGAAUGGGAUGAGCUUCAGGGGAAAUAUAGGCGAGCAUUGGAUCGAAUUCUGCAGCAGGAUGAUGAUGCAUCACCGUCUGAUGGGGAAUCUUUGGCAACUUCGGGUAUUGAUCAAGGGGUUGUUGUUGAUAAGGCGGCGGCGGCGGUGGCAGAGGAUGAGGAAAAGUCUCCAGAUGUUGCUCCCAAAGUGGAGGAACCUUCAGUGUCCACAGAUGCUGUUGCCGAAGAGAAACCAUCGGCCCAGGAGGAAGAAAAAGUUCCAGCUGAAGCAGUUCCAGAUGAACCAAUGGCUGAUGCUGAGGCAGAAAAAGAAUCCGAGGAUGUUGAUGAUCCUACUCCAGUCAAUCCUGAUGAUGGUGGAGUUGCAACAGAAAAGGAUGAAAAUGCUGAUGACGUAGUUCCGGGAAGGGAGCCAACGCACUUUUCAUUGCUGGACCCAAAAACCAUGAAGAUCCAGGAAAUCAGAGAUGAACUGUCGGCCAGGAAUAUUUCACCAAAAGGUCUUAAACCUCAACUAGCGGCUCGUUUAGUGAAGGUUCUUAAAUCUGAAGCCCUUGAAGCAAAGAAAGAAAUUGAAGAAGCUGCAGCAGAGCUCAAAAAAGCCUUUGAGCCUGUGACUGUUCAAGAGAAUGUUGAAGCUAAGGAGUCAAAGAAAACUGAAGAAGCCACGAAAGAUGAAGAGUCAAAGGAAGAAGAAGAAGAAGCCAAGGAAGAGGAAAAGGUAGAAGAAACUACCAAAACAGAGGAAGUGGAAGAGUCCACAAAAGUUGAAGAAUCUGUGGAAGUUUCAGAAACCAAGGAGGAAGAGAAAAUUCAGGAAACAGAAGAAGCAAAAGAAACUGAAGAUUCUGAGAAGGUUGAGGAAACCAAGGAAGCUGACGAUGAAGAAAAGGCGGAUGAGAAGAUGGAAACAGAAGAGGUGAAGGAAUCAGAGGAACCAAUGGACACGGAAGAGUCUAAGAAUGCUGAGGAUUCAAAGGAAGGGAAGGAGGCUGAGAAAGAGGAAGAGAGUAAGGAAGCUGAUGAUUCCUUGGAGGCAGGAGAAAUUGUGGAUGAGCCUAAAGUUUCCAAGGAAGAAGAGGAUUCGCAGUUCAAUGAAAAUGAACUGGGCGAUUUGGUGAUUAUUGACGAAGUGGGUGGCUCAAGGGCGGCUGUGAAGACUCCGGAGGAGAAACCGAGGAAGGCAGAGAAGAAGCCACUGGAUGAACGCGAGAAACAGAUUCUGGAGAAGAAAUAUACUCUCCCGGAGGCUCCACAAAUUAUUGUGCAUCCUUCAAAAAUGGCGAAGAAUGGCAAAUUCGAGUGUACAGUAAUGUCACUGUCUGUGCUCCUUGACUAUCGUCCGGAAGAUACCAAGGAGCAUACGUUUGAGGUAUCCCUCUUUGCUGAGUUGUUCAAUGAAAUGUUGAUGCGUGAUUUUGGCUUCAAUAUCUACAAAGCACUCAACAUGAUGCCGGAAAAGAACAAAGAACCUCCCGUUGAGCCGAAGAAGGAGGAAAAGAAGGCCGAUUGUGUGGUGAUUGAAGAUAGUCCGGCCAAGGAGUCAUCUGCCAAGAAGGCAUCAGAGGAGAAGGUCAAGGAUGAGAAGGAGGUGAAAGAAAAGGUUGAUGAUGAUGCUUCGGCGAAGAGCAAGAAAAUUGAACGGGAUUCCAGAUCCGAUCGUGAAUCCCGAUCUGAGAGGGAGAGAUCUGAACGCUCAAGGCACUACGAUGACUCGGAUGAUGAUUCAGUGUCCGUGAGGUCAGGAGAGAAGAGGAAACGCGAGAAGGAUCGCCAGAAGUACUACACAGCUUUUCCCGAUUUGCUGCUUUCUUUUGUGUACUUCGAUCAGAGUCACUGCGGAUAUAUUUUCGAGAAGGAUAUUGAGGAUCUCUUCUUCACGCUCGGAUUGGAUCUGUCACGAGCACAGAUCCGGAAACUGGUGGGAAAGGCUAUUUCCAGGGAUGCACUCUACUAUCGGAGACUUACGGAAAAAGUGAAAGAGGAGAAACAAGAACCUUCUGAAGAUGCCAUUGAAGAGAAAAAGGAGAAUUUGGAGGAUUCCUUGUCUGAUGAUAUUCUCAAAGGGAAUAAGAUUUAUUUGCCGGUGUUCAAGGAUAUGCUCAAGUCUCUUGAAUCAACGGAUGAGCCACCGCUCAAGAAGAUUAAAACUGAGGAGUCUGAUGAUGCUCCGGCAGUUGCAGAGUCAUCAAGUUUUGUGAUGCACAAUGGCGGGAUUGUGGAUGUGGAAAAGUUACUGGGACAGAUGUCACGUUCAGAGAAGGCUCUGGAAGACACUGAAAAGUUGCUGGUUGAUCUGAGGCAGCAGAUUGCGGAUCUUCAAUCGUCAAAUUCUAAAGCAAAUAGCAAGAUAAAGGAUCUCUCAUCGGAUCUUCGAAGUGUUAGCAGGAAAUUGAGUGAUACGGAGCAGACGCUGAAUACAACACAGAAGAGAUGCAAUGAGUACUAUUCCAUUCUAUCUUCUGUAAAUGACAGAGUGGCAGGAGUUUUUGCCAAGUCUGACAAAUCUCACAGGAGUGAUUCGCGUUCUCGUGAGCCAAGAGAGAGAGAUCGUGAGUCCAAGGAAUCGUCCAAAUCAGAGACAACGAAGAAGGACGACUAAUUCUUUUGCUUAAUCUCUUAAAAGAAGCUUCUUGGAAUUGCAUCACCAAUUGAACAAUUAUGAAUUUUUAAAACACUUAUCAUAAAAAAUGCGAAUUUGCAGAUGAAUGUAAUGACAAGGUAAUAAAAAAAUAAAUGAGUGGAAUUAAA